AUGGAACAACAAAAGCACCAUGGAACAACCAAAAGCACCAUGGAACAACAAAAGCACCAUGGAACAACAAAAGCAAUAUGGAACAACAAAAGCACCAUGGAACAACAAAAGCACCAUGGAACAACAAAAGCACCAUGGAACAACAAAAGCACCAUGGAACAACAAAAGCACUAUGGAACAAAAGCACCAUGGAACAACAAAAGCACCAUGGAACAACAAAAGCACUAUGGAACAAAAGCACCAUGGAACAACAAAAGCACCAUGGAACAACAAAAGCACUAUGGAACAAAAGCACCAUGGAACAACAAAAGCACCAUGGAACAACAAAAGCACCAUGGAACAACAAAAGCACCAUGGAACAACAAAAGCACUAUGGAACAAAAGCACCAUGGAACAACAAAAGCACAAUGGAACAACAAAAGCACCAUGGAACAAAAGCACCAUGGAACAAAAGCACCAUGGAACAACAAAAGCACCAUGGAACAACAAAAGCACCAUGGAACAACAAAAGCACUAUGGAACAAAAGCACCAUGGAACAACAGAAGCACCAUGGAACAACAAAAGCAUGCAACAACAAAAGCAUCAUAGGACAACAAAAGCACCAUGGAACAACAAAAGCAAUAUGGAACAACAAAAGCAAUAUGGAACAACAAAAGCACCAUGGAACAAAAGCACAAUGGAACAACAAAAGCACCAUGGAACAACAAAAGCACUAUGGAACAACAAAAGCACCAUGGAACAAAAGCACCAUGGAACAACAAAAGCAAUAUGGAACAACAAAAGCAAUAUGGAACAACAAAAGCACCAUGGAACAAAAGCACAAUGGAACAACAAAAGCACCAUGGAACAACAAAAGCACUAUGGAACAAAAGCACCAUGGAACAACAAAAGCACCAUGGAACAACAAAAGCACCAUGGAACAACAAAAGCACCAUGGAACAACAAAAGCAUCAUGGAACAAAAGCACCAUGGGACAACAAAAGCAAUAUGGAACAACAAAAGCAAUAUGGAACAACAAAAGCAAUAUGGAACAACAAAAGCACCAUGGAACAACAAAAGCACCAUGGAACAACAAAAGCACCAUGGAACAAAAAAAGCACUAUGGAACAACAAAAGCACCAUGGAACAACAAAAGCACCAUGGAACAACAAAAGCACCAUGGAACAACAAAAGCACCAUGGAACAACAAAAGCACCAUGGAACAACAAAAGCACCAUGGAACAACAAAAGCACUAUGGAACAACAAAAGCACCAUGGAACAACAAAAGCACCAUGGAACAACAAAAGCACUAUGGAACAACAAAAGCACUGUGGAGCAACAAAAGCACCAUAGAACAACAAAAGCACUAUGGAACAACAAAAGCACUGUGGAACAACAAAAGCACUAUGGAACAACAAAAGCACUGUGGAACAACAAAAGCACUAUGGAACAACAAAAGCACUAUGGAACAACAAAAGCACUGUGGAGCAACAAAAGCACUAUGGAACAACAAAAGCACUAUGGAACAACAAAAGCACAUCAAGUCGGCGUGUAG